AUGAAUAAUUGCAGCUACGACAAGGAGGACUUUGAUGUGAUGUUAAAUGGAAAAAGUUAUGUCCUGAAGUUAAUUGACACCGCGGGACAAGAAGAUUACGAAAGAGUACGAAGGCUCUUCUAUAAAGAUGCUAAAGCAUUCAUUUUAUGUUACAGCAUAGAGAAUCAUGCAUCGUUUAAUAAUAUUUAUAAUAAAUGGAUGCCUGAAUUGAAGCAGAUAGAGAAUUGGCCAAUUCCAUUUAUUUUAGUUGGUACGAAAAUUGACUUAAGAGAUGAUCCGACAUACAGUAAACCAUUAGUAACAACAGAAGAGGGUCAGGGCCUUGCUCAGCGAAUUUGUGCAAAUCGUUUUAUCGAGUGUUCAGCCAAGAAAAAUGUACACAUUAAAGAUACGAUUGAGGAAGCUCUACGUGCUGUGUUUAAUGGUCCAAUUGUUGAUGAGAAGAAGAAAAAGGAUUCGUCGAGCAUAUCCAGAAAAUAUAAGCAUAAAUAUACCACCAUUGUUAAUAUUUGUAAACGAGACAAACAGAAACUUGAAUCUACAACGGAACAAAAUGAUCGAGGUUUAAAUGCAUCUACAAAACUUCGACCUGAUAUUAUGAUCAAACUGGAAUCUAUGCUUUUUAUAUGGAUUGAAGAUUGUAACCAGAAAGGCCUUCCUUUAAGUAUGGAAAAUAUCUCCAUCAAAUCGAAGGACAUUUACAAAUCAUUGAAAGAAAAGUUGGAUCCUCAAGAUAAGCAUUGCUUCAAUUCCAGUCGUGGAUGGUUUGAUAAAUUCAAGAAACGAUAUCAAUUACACAAUUUAGUCUUAAAUGGAGAAGCAGCAAGUGCUGACAAAACGCAAGCUGAUUCAUUUGUUGAAACCUUUUUGAGUAAAAUUGAUGGAAAUUACAGUCUUGACCAAAUAUUUAACGUCGAUGAGACUGGACUUUUUUGGAAGCGAAUGCCGAGUCGUACAUAUAUUGCACAGCAAUCCAAGUCAGCUGCUGGUCAUAAGGUAUCAAAGGAAAGAUUGACAUUAUUAUUAGGUGCCAAUGCUAGUGGCGAAUUUAAGCUAAAACCUUUAUUAAUCUACACAUCAGAAAAUCCUAGAGCAUUCAAAAAUGUCGACAAAUCUAAAUUGGGAGUUUAUUGGCGAUCAAAUAAGAAAGCCUGGAUGACAUCUGUAAUUUUUACUAAUUGGGUGAAGACUUGUUUAGUAAAAGAGCUAAAAAAUUAUUCAUUAAAAAAAGGAAUGCCAUUUAAGUUCCUAAUACUCAUAGAUAAUGCACCAGGACAUGCAAAUAUUGAAAUUUUGAACCAAAUUUCCGAUGGAAUUAAGUUUAUGUUCUUACCUCCUAAUACCACAUCAUUAAUUCAGCCGAUGGACCAAGGCUGUAUAUCAACUUUUAAAUCUUAUUACUUAAAAAAGUCAUAUCAAAGCAUUCUGGAUUCUGAUUGUGAUGAAGCUACGGUUAAGGAUCUCUGGAAAAAGUUCAAUAUUGCACAUGCUGUGAAAUAUAUCACAUCAGCCUGGACUGAUGUAUCUGAAAAUUGUGUUCGCGGAUCAUGGAAAAAACUAAUUCCUUCACUCAAUGUUGUGGAUGAAAAUUAUAUGGAAAAUGUUUUGCUCUCAAUCGAAACUCAUGCCCUUAAUGCUGGAUUGACUGGAAUGGAACAAUCUGAUUUGCUAGAAAUUUUAAAUGAUAACUUUGAGUAUUCAGUCGAAGAUUUGCAGGAAAUUUUGGAAAAUGAUAGCUUGGAAUGUAGCUCAGAAACAGAAAGUGAAGAUGAAUCUAAAAAAGUGGAGGUUUUAAGCAAAAAGGACCUUAAAGAGAUAGUAAAUAUUUUUUCGCAGCUUAAAUUAAAGAUUAAGGAGUGUGAUCCUGAUAAAGAACGUGUUUUUGCAGUCGAAAAUGACCUAUCCAAAGCAGAAAACUAUUACUUAAAGCAAGUUAAAACGCAAAAAGUUCAAAAACCUAUUGAUUUGUUUUUUUAA